AUGGCACUGACUCGCUCACCAGAACACUUGCCCGCGCUUGUGCUAAACAAGGCCAACAUCAAGGCAGUCUAUUCUCGUUCCAAAUCUACUGCAUCUACACUUGUAGCAGAAGCAAGCAAACUCGGUGUCACUAGUCUUGAGCUUUACUCAGAAGACACUUCUGGGCAUACGCUCGAUGAUCUUCUUAAGCGCAGCGAUAUUGAAGCGGUGAUUAUCGUUUUGCCAAUUCUGGUGCAGCCGUCGAUUGUCAGGCGCUGCUUAGCUGCCGGGAAGCAUGUGCUUUGCGAAAAGCCAAUCGCCAAAGAUGUCGCAACUGCUCGCGAAUUGAUCGAGGACUACAACAAGCUGUACGCAAGCAAAGGACUCAUUUUUAAUAUUGCUGAGCAAUUUAGAUUUAUGCACGAGUUUGAACUUGGUCGAAAAUGGAUCGUUGAAGAAAAAGCAGUCGGUGAUAUUACUCAGGCACACCUCAAAAUAUGGCGUAAUCAGCCUCCUGAGGGGAAAUGGUACGAAACCCCGUGGCGAAAAGUGCCGGAAUAUCAAGGCGGUUUCUUGCUUGACGGUGGAGUACAUCAAACUGCCAUGCUUCGUUACAUUUCUGGCCAAGAGGUUGUUGAGACGGCUGGGUUUGCCCGUCAGGUUGCGCCCCAUUUGCCACCUCUCGAUACUCUUAAUGCCGGCAUCCUUCUGAGUGGUGGAGGAACUGGGACCAUAUCAAUGUCAUUUGCAUCAACACGACGAGCUUCGGAGCUUACUAUAAUUGGAUCAAAGGGCAGCUUCUUCCUGACUGAUGGCCCUGAUGGCUUCGUAUUGUCUCUAGACCUUGCUUCAGGAGAGAGUAGAUCAGAGACGAUACGAAGCAAAGGGGUAGAACUGGAAAUCAAGGCAUUCCUAGAGGCCAUUAAAAUCGGAAAAUCGGAAAAGAAGGCGGGCCCAGAAGAAGCACUGAAUGACUUGGCAAUUAUAGAGAGCAUGUGCUCUGGCGGGGGCAGAGUAGAUUUAUACUAG